CAGCAGAAGAGCUACAAGAUGGCGCAGGCAAUAUUUGAAGUGCUUGAAGGCAUGGACAACCAGACAGUGUUGGCGGUCCAGUCUCUGCUGGAUGGCCAAGGCGGAGUUCCUGACCCAAACAACCAGAACGUCUCUGGGACGCCCACCAUCCAGUCUAUGGACGACGAAGACGUGUUCCUGUGUGGGAAGUGUAAAAAACAGUUCAAUUCUCUGCCAGCCUUCAUGACACACAAGAGGGAGCAGUGUCAGUCUAGCGCCCCCUCCCUGUCCACAGUGUCCUUGGCCUCCACCAACGCCUACACGCCUGUCCCUUCAAUCAGCUCUGGACCACAGACUCCCGCCAACAGACAGGUAUCUACCUACAUCACAGUCCCUCCCUCCCCUCUGACGCACACUCUGGUCCAAGGCAACGUGCUGGUCAGUGACGAUGUUCUCAUGUCGGCCAUCUCAGCCUUCACCUCCAUUGACCAGCCCAUGGCCACCAUGCAGACGCCUAUACAGAGUAACUUGAGCAUGCACACAGCUGGUGUAUCUUACCUGCAGCACCAUCACCACCACCACCAUCAUCAUCAUCAUCAUCAUCAUCAUCAUCAUCAUCACCAGCAGCAGCAGCAGCAGCAGUCCUCCCACCCCCUGCCCCCCGGUCAGACGUCGGCCCACCCCCUGCCAGCUGGACAGCCCACCCAGCAGCCGCUCUCUUCACAGGUCCCCGUGAGCCACAGUAACUCAGUGGUCCAGGUGUACAGCACGCUGCCCCAUAUGGCUGGGGGUGGUGGUGCAGAGAUCCACACCCUGGGUCUGCAGCCUUUCCAUCCUGUACAAGUGCCCAGUCAGUGUGUGGAGAGCCAGCCAUUCACCACCCCUCCCGUCUACAGCCCCGGGAAUCAGGGAACCAAAACAAAAAUCUGCAGCAUCACCACCAACCUGACAGAGCUGGGCGACUUUGAAAAGGUCAUCAUUCCUAAACGGCCGAGGAGUAGCAAAAAAAGCCCAGAAGGAGCCACGGCAGAGCAGCUGAAAGGAAAAGGUCCAAAGCUGAAGUGUAAUUUCUGUGACAAAAUUUUCUCGAAAAACUUUGACCUUCAGCAGCACAUUAGAAGUCACACAGGAGAGAAACCGUUUCAGUGCAUUGUCUGUGGCCGAGCCUUUGCCCAAAAGUCCAACGUGAAGAAACACAUGCAGACACACAAGGUGUGGCCAAUGGGUGUGGCCAGCACAGUGUCAAGAUUACCAAUCACAGUAAAGGUGGUAUCAAUGUCAUCCAAUGAAGAGGAGGGGAGCGGGGAGCAGCAGCAGGGGGAACCAGAGGAGGAAGGGUCACAGCAGCAGAACAGUCAAGCAGAAGAAGAGGCAUCUUCAGAAGCUCCAGGGGAGUUGGAGGAGAGUGCGACCGAGGCCGAUCCCGAGGGUAGCGGAGGGGAAGUCAUGCAGAACGGGCAUCCUCAGGUACAGAUGCAGGCGCAGUCCGAUCAGAACCAACAGUGCCAAGCUCAGACCAAACAGAUAGUUGUGAUAGACAGCUCCUACCAGUGCCAGUUCUGCGCCAGCAAGUUCAAGACCUACUUUCAGCUCAAGUCCCACCUGACCCAGCACAAAGGGGAGCAGGUUUAUAAGUGUGUGCUGAAGUCCUGCUCUCAGACCUUCCAGAAGUUGGAUCAGUUCCUGGAGCACAUCAGGACGCACCAGGAGCAGCUGACCUACCGCUGCCACCUCUGCAGCAAGGUGUUCCCCUCACUGUUUGAGCUGGGAGUCCACCAGUACUCCCACUGCUUCUGCCCACAACAGAACACACGCAAAGAAACUACCGUCUACAGGUGUGUGAAGUGUCAAAGCAGAUAUUCUACCCAGGAGGCACUGGAACAACAUCUACUGACUGCCUCACACAGCUUUCCCUGCCCACACUGUCAAAAGAUUUUCCCAUGUGAAAGGUACUUCAGACGCCACCUCCCCACUCAUGGCAUUGGAGGGAGGUUCAAGUGUCAGAUCUGCAAGAAGGCCUUCAAGACAGAGCACUACCUCAAGCUGCACACACGUAUUCACUCAGGUGAAAAGCCAUACAAAUGCUCCCUCUGUGAGGCGACGUUCAACAGGAAGGAUAAAGUGAAGCGACACAUGCUCAUCCACGAACCCUUCAAGAAAUACAAGUGUCCCUUUAGGUCACACGUAGGCUGCACCAAAGAAUUCAACAGACCAGACAAACUCAAGGCCCACAUUCUGUCACAUUCUGGUAUCAAACCCUACAAGUGUCUAUUCUGUCAGAAGGCGUUCAGCCGCAGGGCUCACAUGCUCGAGCAUCAGCAGUCGCACACAGAUAACUACCGCUUCAGAUGCUCCACCUGCAACAAGGGAUUCACUAGACAGAGCUAUUACAGAGAUCACAAAUGUCCUGCAGCAGGGAACGGGACAGGAAGUGAAGGAGGGACUGGAGAGGCAGAGGGAGACGAGGUCAUAGGAGUGCCGAUGGCAGAGGAGAAGGAUGAAGAGGAUGACGGGAGAAGAAGCAGGUUUGCGAGAAUAGCGAAAAGGCCAGUGGCUGGUGGAGAUGACGGAGAGGAGGACGACAGCUCUAAGAGCAGCCAAGAACAAAUGGAAACACACGGGGAGGAGGAGGAGGAGGAGGAGGAGGAGGAAGAGGAAGGGAGGAGGACUGACGAGGGCUGUCAGGCUGCAAUGUCUAUAACCACCAUUGAAGGGCAGACGGAAAGAGAGGAGGAGGAAGACAGGAUGGAACAUGCUGGCGAGGCACUGGAGCAGAUUCAGAGCAAUGACCAAAACUGUUUGCAGCAGCCAUGUUUGUAGUUUUAAGCAUGAUCUUUGUAGGAAUGUCUCCUGGACAUGGACCAAACAAACUCCAUCCAUUAUUUAUUUUUUUUUUAAACUGUGGAUCUGGGAAAUUAUUUCAUUAUUUGUUUUAAAUUAAAACAUUAUGUAAAUGAUAGGCACUGUUUUUAUGUGUUUUACUGUAAAUGAAAAUAAGGGUACAGUUAUGUUACCUGGUAGAUCCAUAUUGCCAAAAUAACCUGUGGACCUUUUCUGUGUUUGUGUGCAACAUUUGUGCAAGUUAAGCCGCAGUGGUUCACUUAAAAUGUCAAAAACCAAUGGCAACAUUUUUUCUGUUUUUAUGUAGCAAAAAUGAAAUGAUUAUAAGUUUAAAUUAUAUUUAUGUCCAUAUAAAUAUUCUUCUUGUAAAAUUCCAAGCUCUGAUACUCUUUUACUGUCAUGUAUGAUCAGUUCGACAUUCAGUUUCUGCUCACGUGUUGGUGUACACUUUCCUUCAACUGUGCUUGUUUCUACUUCACUUGGUCAUUUCUUACAUUUCUGAGACUACCUAGUGGGGGCGCAAAUAAAAGGGCUAUAUCCAAAUGUAGCUAGGCAUGAAAAGGUGCAUCCGAGUCUGAAGUAGUGAGGGCUGCCCAAUUCUACAGGUAGACAGAGGUCACCAGACUAAUUCCACCUGCUGGUGUUAUUUAGUAAUAAUAAAAUCACAGUGAAAUACUGGUAAUAAUUAGUAUGGCCUAAAUGUAUUAUGUAUUAUAAUGUAUUAUACUAUACAUUUAUUUCAAAUACAUGUUUAAUUUGUUUCAGGGUUACGCUCUUUUCAUCCAACAAAGAAAAAAUGUGGUCACCAUUACAAAAAGAUUCUUACAACUAGUUGCAGAAAUGGCACCCGCAAGUAAGCAUACCGUACCUAACAAAAAGUUGCCUAUGUGUGUGAAAGUAUAUAGAAUAGUCUGUGGAAUGAUAUUAAGAUGAGAUUUAAAACCAAUUAAUUGAAUUAGAUUAAAAAACAUACACAACACCUGUCAACAGUAAGCACUGUAUGUGCACAAUAAUUGAUAAAGCCUUUAAAGUCAAGUGAAUCAAUUUUAUUCAUAUAGCCAAAAAGCACAAAUCUUUCUCAGGUUAUAAUCUGUAAAACAUGAUUCAGAUUAGGAAAAACUCCCAAAAAACCCUUUACGGGAAGAAAAGGGAGAGACCUCAAUAAGAGCAACAGAGGAGGGAUCCCUCCUCCAGGAUGGACAUACUGUAAAUGCAACAGAUAUGUGCACAGAGGACACGGAAGUAGCAGUAAACACAAGUAAAUUAAAUACCUAACUUGUAGCAUUGUUUGAAUAAGGGGUAACGAGACAUGCCGGCAGUUAUAACAGGAGUUUUGGACAAA